AACACUAAAACAAAAGGGGAUUGGUGCUAACGUCAAGCCAGGGCUGGGCUGAAGGUGAAAGCGGCGAAGUGACCCCCUGAAAUCCUUUGCGGAAUCACGCUUGCCUGUCACUUCCCCCGGUGGAGGCCCAGCCGUGGCCGUUGGGUCGCUUUCUGCCUCCCGUCUGGGAGCGGUGCCAGACCCGGAGCUGUGAAGGGCUCGACGCACCCGCAGGGCAGGGACGGCAGGCUGGCAUGUGGGACAAGUGAGCGUCCGGAGGUCUGGAAAUGCCCUUUGCAACGAGAGAAACGGAGACCCUCUUUCGAGAGCAGCCCAAGAUUGGGAACCAGUAUUUGGAAGAUGCUUUGCUUCAGAGUUACUUGAAAACACACCUUCCUCCCAAGGUACAGGAGGAGGUGAGUCAGGACCUGGAAAAAUUUGGAAACCGUCUGCUAACGGAGAUCAAACCUCUGGCACGGGAAUGCGAGUUGAGUCCUCCUGUAUUUCGGCAGUAUGAUGCCUGGGGGCAGCGGCUGGAUCAUAUUAUCACUUGCCCGGCCUGGAGGAGGAUGAAAGAAAUUGCAGCAGAAGAGGGGCUAAUUGCUGAGGCUUACAAGAGAAGAUACUCCAACUGGAGCCGUGUGCAUCAGGCUAUCAAACUGUACUUAUUUUCAAACUCCUCUGGAGGUUUCAGCUGUCCUCUGGCCAUGACGGAUGGAGCAGCCAAAGUCAUUGAGUCACUAGGUAUUCCUGGAUCUCUGAAAAAUGCUUUUCACCAUCUGACAUCCCAUGACCCCAAGAAGUUCUGGACUUCUGGCCAGUGGAUGACAGAGCGCAGGGGAGGCUCUGAUGUUGCUAAUGGCACAGAGACAGUGGCCAGAAAGCAGCCAGAUGGUGCCUAUCAUCUCUAUGGCUUUAAAUGGUUUACAUCAGCUGCUGAUUCUGAUGUGACAUUGACCCUGGCGAGGAUAGCGGAUGCUCAAGGACAUGUAAAACAGGGUUCUGGAGGUCUGUCCCUGUUCUUCCUGAAGGUUCGAGAUGAGGAGGGGAAGCUGAACAACAUCAAAGUGCAAAGGCUGAAGGACAAGUUGGGUACACGCCAGAUGGCAACAGCAGAGCUAUGGCUAGAUGGAGCUAAAGCAGAGCUGAUCUCUGCAGAGGGUCGUGGAGUGGCCUCCAUCUCCAGCAUGCUGAACAUAACUCGGAUCCACAAUGUCAUUGCUGCAGUAGCUUCCAUGAGAAGGAUGAUCAAUCUGAGCAGAGAGUAUGCCCUUAGGCAAGUUGCCUUUGGGAAGCUCCUCAAGGACCAUCCCCUCCACAUGCAGACGAUAGCCCGGAUGGAGGUGCAAACCCGAGGGGCAUUUCUUCUGCUUAUGGAGAUAGUUGGACUGCUUGGACUUGUAGAAACCAACAUGGCAAAUGAGCAAGACCAGCUUCUCUUGAGACUGCUAAUACCAGUAGCCAAACUUUACACUGGGAAGCAGGCUUCUGCUGUUGUUGUUGAGGCGAUGGAGUGUUUUGGAGGGCAAGGUUACAUGGAGGAUACAGGCCUGCCAGUCAUAGUCCGCGAUACUCUGGUACUGUCCAUAUGGGAGGGAACAACAAAUAUUCUAUCACUUGACGUCCUGCGAUCCCUCACCAAGAGUCAAGGACAGGUGAUGGCUGUGUUCUCCUCCACAGUGCAGAGAAAACUGGAGUUGGCUUCUAGCACUCAAAAACUGGAACCUGCUGUGAAGCUCAUGCGGGAUGCCAUCAGCAGUCUUGGGCGACUCGUUCAAAGAGCUGGCUCCAAAGGGGCAGUGACCAUGGAGCUAGCAGCGAGAGACUUCUCCUACUCCCUAGCAAGGAUCUAUGCAGGAGCUCUUCUAAUUGAACAUGCAGCUCGGCCUGGUUCCUCCUCCACAGAUGUCUCCACUGCUCGAAGGUGGUGCAACCAAGAACUGUGUCCUGUAGCCACAGAAUUAAAAAAUGGCAGCUAUGAUGCUGAGGAAGCUUUCAUGGACAGCUGCCUGGUGUACGAUGGGAGCCCUGUCUCACCUAGCAAGCUGUGACUCGGCAGAGGUCCCUGGGAAAAUCCAUUCAAGCCUUUGCAAAUGGAAAGCGUACGUUGUAGUGUUGCAUCCAAUGCAAGCUUUAAUGACUGUGGUGAACCAAUGAUUUAGGAUUAAGUGGAAUAGAGAGAGAGAGUUCCCUCUUCAGGGCAGCAGUAGCUGUGUCUACAUGAGUGUUUUGGUCCAGAGCAGGCAAACUAUAUUCCUUCUGGAGGAAACAAAACCGAAAGCUCUGCUAUGGCUAUGCACCAAGCAUGCUCUGACAGAAGAGUGGAAACAGGAGGUCACAAUCCAAAAAUUGACACUUCAGAACAGCUUCAAAUUACACGUAUGGUGGGGAUGCUUGAUCCAAGAGCCAGAGCAAAUCAUUCUGAAGCAAACCACCAACUACAUCAACUGCUUUGGGCUGAAAUCCACUGCUUUUGAGCUGAAUUACUUGCUAAUGCAGACAUAGCCACCGACAUUCAGUCUGAGACACUGAAAUGUUCUUUCCAAGUUUUAGGCAAAGACUGAGUGAUCAAAUGCAGAUAAUGACUUGAAGAAGCAGCUCUUCAAGUGCUAACUGGUGUUCAUUUUAAGGAAAAGCAACCAAAAUCAAACUGAAGCUGUUUAAAUACAGAAAACUAUAAUUUUGUCAUGUUCACUUUCUUGCUCUCCAAUGCUGCUCCUACACGCUCUUUCACCCUGGCAGCUGCCCGGGGUCAUUUUUUUCUUGACUAACCUCCAUGGCUGUGGGAAGUUGGUCACAAUUUGUGAAUUUGGUAUGUGCCAUUUAUACAGGCAGCCUCUGUGGGAAGUGUUGCACUUGGUUCAGAACCCCCAAACUCAGCGACUGCUCUUGGCAACUUGUUGGGUAAAACAGCAGCUUUGUAACCAAAAUUUUCCGUUUUCUGAAUCUUACCGAGCUAUUGUUAAGCAAGCUAACUGGGCACUGCUUAGUCUAGCUGUGCUUUGGAUUUUUCCUUUUACUUUCUACCUUGUCCCAAACCAACUUUGCUAUGCUUUAAAAUAAGCUGAAGUGAAGGCUUUACUUUGUAAUGCCUGUCGUUAGGUGCCUCAUCACUGUAAAAGCUGCUAACUCAGCUCUGUAGUCAGCUGAGACGGGUAACAAAACCGUUCUAAGCCUACUGCAUUUAAAAUACAGGAUAUGAUAAUUUGGUAUUUACAUCUUCAUAAAUGGUCGGCACCAACAUCUCAACUCUACUGCACGAAGCUGCUCUGCAAAAGGUUGGGGGAGGAAGUAAUUUCAAUUCCAUCGCACAAAUUACAUCAGAACUGUACGCAUUGGUACUAUAAUUAAAGGAAAAUAACUUUUGUCCUCCAGAUAGCUUAUUAAUUUUCUAUUUGUGUAUCCUAAUGAUACAGCAAUUCAUACUGACAUAAAUUCUACUAACAAUAAGUUCUAGAUUGAAAUCCAGUAAUCCCCCAUCAAAGCAAACACCUAGAUACUGACUGCGUGCCUCUCCCCACGCUCAGCACUUCAGUCUACCUGCUUGAUGUUAUCCUGAUGAGAAAAAGUUUAAUUAGAAAGUUGCUAAUAACAGAAGAAAAACACCGACAGAGGGAAGACAGUGGGAAUAUGUAACUGCAAAGAGCUAUCAGCAACUAGGGUAAAGGGUGGGAAGAGACAAGAAAGGAGGCAUCUUCUGAACACAAGUUAUCCAACAUUUUGCUGAGGCUAAAGCCCAGGGCUCCGAGAGAACCCAACUGAUCACGAAGCCUGUCUCUGAGGAGGAGCAUGAGCAAAAAGCAAUGCCUGGAGAGGUAUAGGAGCAGCAAGCGGAUACUUGGUGGGCACUGUCUAUUGCAGCUCAGGGGUCAGUGCCUGACCCAAGCGGAGCGUCCCUCAAAUUGCACAAAGCAUAGAGCUUUAGCAAGACCCAGCAUUAAUGGGCUUUUCAUUGCUGCGUUUCUCUGUAUUUGCUGGAUGUGUUUUGGGGUGAAAAAAUAAUACUGGCUUUUGAAAAAAUGUCUUACAUUACUAUAGCUGGUUGCUGUCAAAGAAAAAGGUCUUACAGGUGUCAAAACAUAGAAACCCAUCAUGCUGUGAAAGAUUAGUGAGAAGGAACAGGGAAGUUGCAGUUCACAAACCAGGCUAAGAAUGGGAAAGUGAGAACCUUGUGGCUCUCACGCAGAUGAUGAAGUUAGCAAAAUCCAUCACCAGAAAUGUAUGUGGGAAGGGCAGAAGGGUCUAACGGUGUGUGACGGAUACAACAGAAAAUGAAAGUUAUCCGAAUUUAACCAGCACCUGAAAUUGUUUGCAGAGCUGGCCAUAGACCAUCUGGAGCCUCCAGUCUUGCUAGGUGUUGGGCUUUGGCAAGAGCGAUACCUUCCAUGCUCGCUGUCAGUUUGGGCUUUCACGGCACCUCUUAAGUUUUACAUACACUUUUUGAACACUGGAAUUACUUUUUCCUACUAUACAAGCUAUGAUUUGCCUAAAAAUAAACCCCACAAACUGGGAGGCCUGCAAACGUACUGAUACACAAAACACAAGGGACUGUAAACUUGUCACUGUGUAGGAAAAUGACAAAUUUAUUAAGAUCUAAAUAUUCACUCUGAGGCUACAGCAGAAUAAAUGCUGUUACAAACAAAGAAGCACUAGGGUCUAACACUUUAUACUGCUGCUAAACAGCUCUCUGCUCUCAUAGGUUUGCAUGUUUUAAAACAUUUAAUGUUCUCAAAGUAAUUAAGCAAGACUUCAGAUGUCAUUUUAAUACAAAUUCCACCAAAAAAAUGUACAAUCAAAUGCAUCACUGGUUGCCACUGCAAGAUAAAAAUCAUUUAAUAACAUAACUAUGGGAAAUCAGUUUAAAAAACAUAUUUGUUAAAUAGUAAGAUAAAACUUUAGCAGCAUUUAAAAAAUUUGAAAGUCCAAAGAGUAUGGUAAUCUUAAAUUGCGAAAUGCAACACUCCGAGCUCCAAUGCCUGUAUGAUGAGUGUAAAAGGAAAGGAUGGAAGUUUAUUAUUCCUCUGCCUGGGAAAUGGGAUGUCUCCAUAGUAUAUAGACAGUAAAACAGACAAUGUUUGUACAGAUGUGGCUGUAUGUGAAUCUUACAUUUCUGCUUCCCUUUCCUUGCUCUUACGCUGGUGGAUUCCCACUUUGACAAAGAACUGAGCUGAAUUCUUAAAAAAGUGCAAACCCGAAAUUACAUGCUCCCUCGGCUAGAUUUUGGCUGCCUUGGCAGACCUGAUGUGCU